AAUUGGAAUUUUAUUACAGGUAGAACAUGACUACCUUACUUACAAAUGAAGCAAAACUACGCUAUGUAGUAGAAUGGUUUCAAGAAUGGUCUGAGAUGCAAAAAAAUGACUUUCUGGAUAUACUUAUCGAAGAAUGUGGACCUGUGAAUCUUGUUCAUAGAUUGAUAUCUAGCAUGGAAAAUUUAGGAAAUGACGAUGAGUAUAAAUAUGACAGACCAACUUUGUUUCGAUGUCGUGUAAAACUCUUUCGACAAUGGAGUUAUAAUUGGUCUCGGCAGGAAAAAGAUUUUUUGCUACUAUCAAUCAAAAACACUGAUGCUGCAUUUGCACAAAAAUAUGAUGAAAAGCUAUUAACAUUAAUACGUGAUGAACAUGAAAAACAAUAUGGCAGGAUGGAAACAUAAACACAAACACCUUGGAGCAUAUAAUCUUCUUUAUUAUUGUAGAAGAGGUUUAUACUUCUAUAAUGUCUAAGAAUAGGAAAAAAUGAAAAAAAUAUAUGAUUAAAAGACAGUACAAUAAAGUUUGAUAUUUAUA